AUGGAGCCCACUUCGGGAAGCGGGAGCGAUUGCGGAGGAGGAGCGGCGACUGGGGAGUGCGUGAAUCGGAUCCCUGUGCCAAGACCGCCCUCCAUUGAGGAGUUCACGAUUGUGAAGCCCAUUAGCCGUGGCGCUUUCGGGAAAGUAUAUCUGGGACAGAAAGGCGGCAAAUUGUAUGCAGUGAAGGUUGUCAAAAAGGCAGACAUGAUCAACAAAAAUAUGGCUCAUCAGGUACAAGCUGAGAGAGAUGCUCUGGCGCUCAGCAAAAGUCCUUUUGUUGUCCAUUUGUACUAUUCUCUGCAGUCGGCGAACAAUGUGUACUUGAUAAUGGAAUAUCUUAUUGGUGGAGAUGCCAAGUCUCUUCUGCACAUAUAUGGCUAUUUCGAUGAAGAAAUGGCAGUGAAAUAUAUUUCUGAAAUAGCACUGGCUCUAGAGUACCUGCAUAGACAUGGCAUCAUUCACAGAGAUUUGAAACCAGAUAAUAUGCUUAUUUCUAAUGAAGGUCAUAUUAAACUGACAGAUUUUGGCCUUUCCAGAAUUACCUUGAAUAGAGAUAUCAACAUGAUGGAUAUCCUGACAACGCCGUCCAUGGCUAAGCCUAGACAAGAUUAUUCAAGAACUCCAGGACAAGUAUUAUCUCUCAUCAGCUCCUUGGGAUUUUACACACCAGUUGCAGAAAAUAUUCAAGAAGGUACAGAUAUUCUUUCAACCCUAUCUGAAACCUCACAGUUUUCUCAAGGACUAAUUUGUCCUAUGUCUAUAGAUCAAAAGGAUACCACUCUGUCUAGCAAACUAGUCAAAUCAUGUCUUGAAACAGUUGCCUCCAACCCGGAAGCGCCUGUGAAGUGUCUGACUUCUAAUCUACUCCAGACUCGGAAAAGGCUGGCGACCUCGAGUGCCAGUAGUCAGUCCCACACGUUUCUCUCCAGUAUAGAAUCAGAAUACCACAGCAGCCCCAGGUGGGAAAAGGAUUGCCAGGAAAAUGAUGAGACACUGGGUUUGAAAAUGAUGAGUUCGAAUGCAACUGAAAAUCCGGCCUGUACAAAACCUGCGAAUGUCAUUGAGAGCCGAAAUGUCAACAGGAAGGACCUCGAGUUAGGCCUUUCUCCCAUUCACCCCAGCUGUGGCAUUCCUCAUCCUGGAGAUGCUUGGCUGGAUGUUGCUAAAACAUGCGCCUCUGGGAAAGAUUCCUGGGAAGCCAGAGAACUGGCUCCAGUAAAUAAUAUUAACACGCCCAGUGCCACAGGGCAGUCUGGUUCUCAUCCAUCGCAUCAGUGGGACGUGGAUUCUGGCAAGGUGACCAAAGAGCACCUUGAGAAAAAGGGUUUUAAGAGACAUUUUGAGUUGGUUGAUACCAGUCCUUGCCAGGAAAUCAUACAGAAUAAAAAAAAUUGUGUAGAGUAUACCUGUGGUAGUGAAAUGAUGGAGUGCCGUGCAAACCACAGCACUGGGCUAACAGGCGAAGUCCAGGACUUUCAGAUAUCAGUGUACAGAAGCCCGCUCAAUGACGGUGACAAUGAGGAGAACAUUGCCAGCCCUUUUCCUGAUAAACAAGAAACACCAGAAAAGGCACCUACCCCGAUGAUAGCAAAAAACCUGCUCUGUGAACUGGACGAUGAUUGUGAAAAGAACAUUAAGAAGGAUGACUUAAGUGCUAGUUUUUUGGGUUCUGAUGAUGAGAGGGCGCCUAAAGGUAUGUAUGCGGAUUCUGAUACCUCUUUUCCUGGGAUUUCCAUAAUGGAAAGUUCGUUAGAAAAGCAGUCCUUCGAUCUAGACAAAAGCAUCAGAGAAGCCUCUUUUGAAGAAUCAAAUAUCACAGACCGACUGAUGGUGUCACCGAGCCACCAAGAAAAUGCCCUGCCAAAGGGUGACGAGGAUCCUGCUGCCCAAGACAAUAAUGGGAAAAUGUUUGCUCCUUCUUCAGAGGCGUUAAAAACAUUAACCAUCCCUAAAAGGAAUGUGGUAGCGUUUCAAAGUUUUAACAGCCACAUUCAUGCAUCCAAUAACUCUGAACCAUCUAAAGUGAGUGUGACUUCUUUAGAUGCCAUGGAUACUUCGUGUCCUUACAGUGAUUCCUAUCCCGUGGCUCUAACCCCUAGUCAAAAAAGAAGUUCCUCUCUGCCAUAUGCGACCCCAUGUCAGAACAAGUCAGGAACACCAUUCCGAACACCAAAGAGUGUGAGAAGAGGGGCAGCCCCAGUGGAUGAUGGGAGAAUUCUAGGAACCCCGGACUACCUGGCACCUGAGUUGUUACUAGGGAGGGCCCAUGGAUUUCUGAAUUCGGGUCCGUCAGUAGACUGGUGGGCACUUGGAGUUUGUUUGUUUGAGUUUCUGACAGGAAUUCCCCCUUUCAAUGAUGAAACCCCACAGCAAGUAUUCCAGAAUAUUCUGAAAAGAGAUAUCCCUUGGCCAGAAGGUGAGGAAAAGCUAUCUGAUAAUGCUCAAAGUGCAGUCGACAUACUUUUAGCCACUGAUGUUACAAAGAGAGCUGGAAUUAAAGAGCUGCAACGCCAUCCUCUCUUCAGCGGCGUGGACUGGGAGCAUCUGCAGCAUCAAGCUAUGCCUUUUAUACCCCAGCCAAUUGAUGCAACAGAUACAUCCUACUUUGAAGCCAGAAAUAACGCUCAACACCUGACUGUAUCUGGAUUUAGUCUAUAGCACAUACAUUUUCUAAGUCUGACCUUAUGUUAUAAGCCUGCAUUUUUAUAUGGUCCUCAAUGCUAGAUUGGCCAAAGGAAGAUAGAUGAUUUAACCUGGGUCAAUGAGCUUUAAUGUAUGUUACAACCACCACAAACCAGGAAUUUAAUCUCAAAAUGGUGUAUAGAUCUUCAAAGUUCUUAUUUAUUUGCCUAUUGCACUUUAUGAAAGUUAAUGCAUCAGUAAAACUAGAAUGACACUAUCACUUUAGAGGGAGGGUGCAUACACUUCAUGUUCUUGUUAAUCUACUGUCAAUUGCUCGAGUUUAAUUUAUUUGCAAAUGAUUGCCUACAAACGGUGCUUUCUCAAAAAGUCAUUUAAGGCUGCAUUGUUUUAAAACAUUCACAUUCUCAAAAAGCAGCCAGAGAAAUAGUCACGAGUUGUGUGACUUCUUUCGAGAAUGACGAGUGAGCAAAAGGCCUAGGGGUUUUCCAACUCACUUUCCUACGAAUAUGGUUAAACCAAAUUGUGUUGCGUGAGUGUUUCUGGCCUUGCUCUCCCGUCUGUUUUUCACCUGCUCCUGGAAAGCUGAGGUGUGGCAAGCUCAAUAGUUUGUCUAAGUUUGGUGGAAAUGAUGUUUCAAACAUGCCACAUUGUUAUCAACAGCCUAAUCCAUAAGAAACAAAAAUAACUUUGUAUUGUGCUUAAUAUAAUUGUAACAUACUUCAAGUAGAUAAUUUGUCAACAUCAUUUAUAUGUGUGUAUCUUUACAACAAAUUUUAACUUGUUAGGUCAUAUAUUAAACUGAGCUUUCAGUAUUUAAAUGUGCCAUUAAGUAAAAUUUCAGCUAAUAAGAUUAAGUAAUCUAUUAAAUACUAUUGUUCUUUUUUGCACACUAA